UUUCUCUAAAGUCCCACUCUUUCUCCUUAACACACAACGCUCCUAACUCUGUAGUCCCACCAGCAAACAAAGCUUUCUGUUCACUCUUCUUCUUCAUCACCACAAUUCCUUUUCUCCAUCCAGUCUCGCUGGUAGACAGACAAUCCAAGUAAUGCGUCGGAUUCCUCCCGACGAGACAACUUCCAUGGCACUCUUCAACGGGCAAUAAUGACCUACGACCGUUACCGCAGAGACCCAUAUUCGGAAAACGACCAAGAUUCCAAGAAAAGAGUUUACGGUGGAGGUGGUGGUGGUGGCGGAGGAACUGCCAUGAGAAUAAUUGUGCCCUUACAGGGGGUAGUUCAAGGCAGAGGUGGCCUUGUUUUGGGGUCAGUCAUCCCCUGCGCCUUAUUUUACAUCUUGCAGCUAUACAUCAAACGGAACCGUUCAGCCCCUCCUGACCGUCCCCCUCCUCCUCCUCAGGAUUCUUCGUUGUCGACAUCCCCGUCGCCCUCACUCUGGAAUAUUCUCUCUCCAAGGGAAGCAAGUGGACCGGCUUAUAUUUCCUCCAGAGCUAAUUCACUUGCCAAGUCUGAUAAUUCGCCUUAUUAUGUUGGACUCGAGAAGUUCACUGAGGAUCCCUACGAUGCUAGGACUAAUCCAGGCGGUGUGAUUCAGCUCGGAUUGGCGGAAAAUAAGCUGUCGUUGGAUUUGGUUCAAGACUGGCUUUCUCAGAAUGUUAAGGAUUCGAUAAUGGGUGGAGAUGCAGAUGGAGAUUUGAGCAUAUGCGGGAUUGCGACUUAUCAGCCAUUUGAUGGAUUGCCCGAGUUGAAAGAGGUUGUGGCAGCUUUUAUGUCAAAAGCAAUUGGAGGAGCAGUUUCCUUUAUACCCUCACAAGUAAUAUUAACAGCUGGAGCAACCCCUGCAGUUGAGAUACUCAGCUUUUGCAUAGCGGACAGUGGAAAUGCAUUUCUUGUCCCCUCUCCAUAUUAUCCAGGGUUUGACACAGAUAUAAAAUCACGUACAGGGGUGGAGCUGAUAUCUGUUCCCUGUCGCAGUGCCGACAACUUCAGUAUAAGUAUCGCUGCCCUUGAUCGUGCAUUCAACCAGGCAAAGAAACGAGGAGUAAAAGUCCGUGGAGUUCUUAUUUCAAACCCCUCAAGUCCUGUUGGGAAUUUGCUGAGUCGAGAUAUGUUAUACAAUCUUCUAAACUUUGCUAGGGAGAAAAACAUGCACAUCAUCUCCAAUGAAUUAUUUGCAGGGUCAACCCAUGGGAGUGAAGAGUUUGUAAGCAUAACUGAGGUUCUUGAGACCCAGGAUUUUGACAGAAGUAGGGUCCAUAUAAUAUAUGGGUUAUCCAAUGAUCUUUCUCUUCCUGGGUUCAGGGUGGGGGUUAUCUAUUCUUACAAUAAGAAUGUUUUAUCUGCUGCCAAAAAAUUGGCAAGAUUCUCAUCCAUUUCAGCUCCCACACAGCGUCUAUUGAUCUCAAUGCUUUCAGAUGAUAGAUUUAUCAAGGAAUUUCUUGAGAUCAGUAGGGAUAGACUUCAAAGAAUGUAUUCUGCAUUCGUAGAUGGGUUGAAGCAAUUAGGAAUCAAGUGCACAAAAAGCAGUGGGGGUUUCUAUUGCUGGGCAGACAUGAGUGAGCUAAUCCGCCCUUACAGUGAGAAAGGAGAGCUUGAACUUUGGGAGAAAUUGUUGAAUAUAGGUAAGAUAAAUGCAACUCCUGGAUCAUCCUGUCAUUGCAUUGAAACUGGAUGGUUCCAGUUUUGUUUCACAACGUUGACCGAAAAUGAUAUUCUUGUGGUUAUGGAACGAAUUUGGAAAGUAUACUCAGCCUGUAAAUCUAAUAUUUGAAUGCAUUUCAUUAUAAUAUUAAAUUAUUCUCUCAGAUCACCUACAAAAUAUUCCUUGAUGACUAGAGCUGAUCUCUAUGACUUCCCAAGUUGCAAGUGCAGAAGCAACUUCAAAAUCAGAAUCUAUGUAGAAAGCAAGAAGCUGAGCUACAUCAAGUUUAUUAUGGUUUUUGAAAUAUAAAAGCAUUACAAACCUCAUGAUAACGUGUACAUUGUUCUUGAUGAUAAAAA